AGAACGAGUACAUCUGUUUGGCACGAUGAAAUCGUCGAAAAAGUUUCAUUUUGGUGUGAACACAAUUUUUAUCGUUGUCACAUUUAUUUUCAUUGUCAUUGUCUGUUUUGUAAAGAGCAGUGCAGGUGCUGAGUACAAAAUCGUUGAAACUAAAGAUGGAAAAGUACGAGGUGUUCGCGAUACUACAUUGAUAAAAAAAGUGGAUUUUGACUCAUUCAAAGGCAUUCCCUAUGCAGAAAAUCCGAUCGGAGAGUUGAGAUACAAGGCACCUGAACCAGUGAAAUCAUGGGCGCCAAUAAUACUGAAUGCUACAGAAUUUGGAAGCACAUGCACACAAAUAUCAUUAUUAGCUCCGGAAAAUCCGCUGCAACAAAGUGAAAAUUGCUUAUUCUUGAAUGUUUAUGUGCCAGCUGAUAUUGAAUCCGAUGAAAAGUUAGCCGUUUUGGUGUACAUUCACGGCGGUGCAUUUACGGAGGGAUCUGGCAAUGAUGACAUGUUUGGCCCCGAUUUUCUCAUCGAACAGCGUGUAAUUUUGGUUACAUUGAACUAUCGCUUGGGCAUUUUCGGAUUUAUUUCCUUCGAAACGCCCGAAUACUCCGGAAACAUGGCUUUGAAAGAUCAACAAUUGGCACUAAAGUGGGUCCAAGCAAAUAUCAAACAAUUUUCUGGUGACAACAAACGUAUCACUCUUUUUGGUGAAAGUGCUGGUGGGGUGCUGUCACAUGUUCAAAUAUUGUCUAGCGAAUCGAGAAAAUACUUCCGUAAUGCCAUUUUGUUAAGUGGAACAGCCGAAUCUGAUUGGGGAUUUGCAAGCAAAAAUGGCCACCGGAGCAUUGCACAUGAAAUUGCUCGAGAUCUAGGCAAACCACAAGAUUCUAUGCAAAGCUUGAUUAAUUUUUUCAAAACCGUACCCGCUGAAUCAAUUGUCAAAUACGCAAGCGCUGCUUCACUAUUCACAAAAACUCCGGUUACAACAUGGGCACCCAUCCUGGAACGUGGAGAUGCAAUACACCCAUUCAUCGUUGAAUAUCCGAAAGCCAUUUACAAUAAGUCCAACAUUGACGUCGACACGAUGUUUGCACUGUGUUCACUGGAAUCUAUGAUGCUUUACAAUGAGAAAUUCGAAGAUUGCUACGAUUUGAAGGGAUUUGAUCGUAAUUUCAGCAUAACAUUCCCGUUCAGAGGAGCUGACUUGCCAUUUGAUUCUACGGAGUAUAAGAAACUGGCAGCAGAAGUUCGUUAUUUCUAUUUUAAAGAUGCAGCCAUCGAUGUGCAAACGUUGAAACCAUACAUUAGUCUUUUGUCUGACGUUUUCUUUGCAUAUGGAGUAGAUAAAGGCGCAAAGUUACAUGCUAAAAAGUCAGCUGCCAAAACAUUUUAUUAUAGAUUUUCGGUUGAUUCAAAGUUCAAUGCAAUCAAACGAUGGCAUGGUGGUGGGCCAGGCUUUGCAGGAGCUGGUCAUGCAGAUGAUUUGUGCUACAUUUUUCGUUGUCGUAAUGCGCAACCUUUUUACGAUGAGGCUCUUAGCACACCAGAUGAUGAACAAUCGAAAAUCAGCUUACGAGCAGUCGAAAAUAUUACAAAAUUGUUCGCAAAUUUCGCAAAGUAUGGAGAACCAACUUAUCAACAGGAGCCAAUUGCCGGAUUUUUGCCCAUUGAUGACGACCAAGUGAAUUUCCUCGAUGUAACCAACGAUGGAUUGAUGCCGGGUGUAAAUCCAAACCAAAAGGCAAUGGAGUUCUGGGCACAUGUUGAGCGAGAAGUUCAAGAAAUCCAGGCAAAGUCCAAGCAAUUUGUUCACGAGGAACUUUAACCACAACUAUGGGUCUCAUAAAAUAUCUUAUUUGGAUUUUUCGAUGCAAAAAUCAUCUAUUAAAAGAAAAAACCAAAAUAAAAUGUUUUUUUUAAAUAUUUUUUGAAAUUCGUCAACAUCAGAAC